UCAAAGACGAACAAUAGGCCCUUCUAAAGCUGAGGUAUGUGCAGAGCAUGUGAUGCUUGGGGGGGUGUGGCCCCUCAGGUGCUCCGUGGAGGUAAUACACUCAUCAGGUAACGCUGGGUGACUCAUUCUCACACACACCUUAAACAACACGCAUGGCGUUCUCUUCACUCUUCAACUAAUACUGACAACAAACUGUGGGAAUGAGCUGAAGAAGCAGUGAGCUCCUUUAAUCAGACAGGAUUUCACCUCCACUGCCUCUAAACAACUGUUGGAUCUGGACUCAAACACAGUAAGUGGUGAAAAACAAAUGUGAUUUUUUUUGUUUUUUUUUCUGGAGGGAUUUUUCUGUUUCCACCGUCCAAGGAUCACAUCUGACUGUGGAAGUACCAGUGCUGCUCAGCACCUGCAGUAAACUCACUCUAUAAUCUGAUUCCUGGGACAUUUUCUGACCUCUCCAUGACAAUGCCUGUGGUCAAAGUGGAGAAAGACUCUCCAGCAGAGACUCUGUCUGACUCCAACCCUCCACCUCAGACGGAGGAGCAGCCCAGAGGUCGCAGGAGGAAGAGACCUCUGCAGCGAGGGAAACCUCCUUACAGCUACAUCGCUCUCAUCUCCAUGGCCAUAGCCAACUCCCCUGACCGCAAACUGACCCUGGGAGGCAUCUACAAAUUCAUCACAGAGCGUUUCCCCUUCUACAGAGACAAUUCAAAGAAAUGGCAGAACUCCAUCCGCCAUAACUUGACUCUCAAUGACUGUUUUAUCAAGAUCCCUCGAGAGCCGGGCCGGCCAGGAAAGGGCAACUACUGGGCUUUAGACCCGAACGCAGAGGACAUGUUUGAGAGCGGCAGCUUCCUGAGGAGGAGGAAGAGGUUUAAACGCUGUGACCUCAGCACCUACGCCGCAUACGUGCACGAGACACCGGUUUUCUCUCCUGUGCAGAUCGCCAGAUCAGCUGCAUACACCAACUCAGUCUACCCCAACCUAACAGUCAGUCCAAGCUACGGGCAGCAGCUGCCCUCCACCUACUACCCAUCCCCAUCACCUCCUGGGUUCGGACCGGGUCAGGCCCGCAUGUUCAGCAUCAAUAACCUCAUGGGACACCGCGCCUCCGGCACCAUGCUGGGAGGUCAGGGUCCAGAGGUGAUGCAGCAGCCCAGCCGGAGCUUCAGUCCAGAGGGGCUCCCUAACGGAUCCAGCCCCUGCGGCCUGGGAGCCCCAGCCUUCCAGAGCCAACCGUGCGGAGGAGCCUUGCCGUCCCGGUCCUCCACGCAUCCCGGGUUCACCUACUCCGGACCAAACGGGCACCCGCACCACCAUGCCCACCAGGGCUCGUACGGACAGGGCCACACCCAGGGGUACGCAGCAACGGGACGCCUCCACUCCUCAGCCCACGGACCUGCAGAGUCUGUGGACCACUACGGCAGGAUCUCCCCGGUCCAGCUGGGCUCUUUCUCCCAGUAUAACAGCACCGCAGGUCCCAUCAGCAACACCGGGGGUUAUCUGAGACACCCCACAUACCCGGGGAACAUGGACAGGUUUGUGUCUGCGAUCUAAGCUACAGAUAAUCUCACUGCGUUUAACAGAGCGUCAGAGACUGAUGAGCCAGACAUUUCUGCACACAAACAUGUACUGUUCUGUUUAUGCAGUUUAUUAAAGACGAAAAUGAACAGACUGAUCAACACAACUGUGAUUCAUUAACCCGACAGCCCUCUGUCAGUCCUGUCAGAUCACACUUUAACUUUGGUUUUAAAUGUCCAGGCCUCUUCAUGUGAGAAUGUAAAAUUCAUCUAAUUCAUGUGUGGUUGUAAGCUUGUUUUUUUUUCUCAUGAUGUGAACGUGCAAGUUAAAUAUUUACAUUACUGCUAAGUUUAAAGUUCAGUCUUUGUUUCUAUAAAUUAUUGUGUUUCAUGGUCAUAGGCUUUGCAUUAAGUGGCUUGUAUGAAGAACAUCAGCUUUAGUACAUUUGCAUGUAUUUUGUUGCCAAAUGAAAAUGCAUAUCAGGUUGUCUUUUUGGAAAUAAACAUUCACGUCACACAGGACA